GGUUUCAUUUUUUGUCUUUUCACACCGGUCCUUCUUGUGACCGUCGCAAACCUUGCGUGGACCUGCUUACAACUCAAUCGUUUACUCUCUCAGAUCAGCGAUGCCGCUUGCAAGCUGAAGAAUGGCCUCUUUCACGAUCAAUUCCCUGAAAGUCAAUGUGUGAACCAUGAACAUCUACUUAUAAAUUUCCGUGUGGGGUGUUUUGAGGACAGCAAAAAAGAUCGAGCACUUACCGGGUUUGCAUAUGAUUUCAAAUCGGAUAAUUCUGUGGAAAAAUGCCGAUCACAUUGUUAUCGAGCGGGUUUCAUAUAUUACGGCUUGGAAUUCGGACGCGAAUGUUUCUGUGGGGAUACAUUAUCGAAACCGACUUUGGAUGAUUCCAAAUGUACAGAAUAUCGUUGUUCGGGGAACUCCUCCCAGUUCUGUGGUGGCUUCAAUGCUGUAGAAGUGUUUCGCACCGGACUGAAAGGUAACAGAAACCACAUCUCAUGCCUAAAGCCAAGUAUAUGGAGACGAAUGAGGUUGAUGAAAAAUCAAGAAGACCUCGAAUACUCUUUCUUCUACAACUCAAUGGAAGAAAUGAACGUCAGGUCUGCUGAUUUUACUGGCAUAUCGGUUGAUGCAUCUUGA